AUGGAUGAUAACUUCCCCUUUGUCUUGCUGGAGAUUACAUUGGCCCUGGGCAUCGUCUCUUUGAAUGUGCUGGUAUGUGCCACCGUCUACCUGCACAAGGAAUUGCGGACAAUCACCAACUUCCUGAUCGUCAGCUUAGCGGCUGCGGACAUCGGGGUGGGAGCCCUGGCCAUUCCUUUCUCCGUAGUGCUGAGCAUGGAAUACAUGCUUUGCUUUUACACUUGUAUUUUCAUCACCUGCUUCCCGCUGGUCACUACGCAGUUUUCCAUCCUGCUCCUGCUGCUCAUCGCGGUCAACGCCCACCUCAAAAUCCGCCUUCCAAACAGCUACGCGGUGUAUGUGACCAACGGACGGUUAGCUCUUGCGGUGCUGCUGUGUCUCUUCCUCUCCUGUCUCAUUGGCUUCUCCCCCAUGAUGGGUUGGAACCAGUUCCAGAAAUAUGUCGGCAGCAAUCAAACUCACACAGCCUCUGAAAUGUCCUUGGCUGGCUUGGAGAGAUCCGUUCUGGCUUACUACUUGCCCCGCAGAGCAAGGGACCUCUCCAGGGCCUACUUCAGCUACCAGCCGGUCACCAGUAACGGCACCACACGUGGAGAACACCUAGGCUGCUGCUCCCUCACCUCAGUGUUCACCCCCGAGUAUCUCGUCUACUUUGUGUUCCUUGGGUGUACUCUGUCGCCUCUGCUCAUCAUGCUGGCUAUUUAUGCUGAUAUCUUCAGGGUGGUCCGCAGCCACCUGAGGUCCUCCAAGAAGUGGGAGACCAACAUGGCCUGGACUCUGUUGCUCUUAGUGGGCAUCUUCUGCUUGUGUUGGAUUCCAAUCAAUGCCAUUAACAGCCUGAAGCUCCUAUGCCGAUCAUGCUUUAUACCGGCGCCCCUCAUACGCUUGGCAGUGCUCUUUUCGCACAUGAACUCCUUUGCCAACCCGCUCGUCUACGCCAUGAGAAGGAGGAACUUUGGCGCGGCACUUAGAUCCGUGUUGCUCAGAAUCGUCCACUGCUGUCCCGUACCUAAAGUGCUUUCUCGAAGACACAAGGUCCACCCAGAGACUGGAUGA